GGAUCUUGUUGAAGAAUUUCAGAAGAAAAGAGAUUUUGUGGAAGAGUACACACCACUUACCAAGGAGACAUAUGGGGUCAGUAUUUGUAAUAUUUUUCUAGGGGUGCAUUAUGAUUCAGUAAUUCCGUUAACUUUCUGCCACACAAUUCAUAUGAUGUAAGCUUGGAGAAUUUGGUUUUGGAUCAACUAACAAUCAGAGCAUCACUUGCCUGCUUGGUGUUGUAUUGAUGUGGUGAGGAGAAAUAAUGUUUUGGUCAUGCAUGGGUUUAGCUUCUAAGUAAGAUUUGACUAAGUAAGAUUUGACAAUUUUGAGAUUAUUUCCUUCAAUAAAUAAAUGUUUUUUCUACUUAUGUUUUUUUGUUGAACUUCACCAAAAUGGUACACAGUCAGCAACGUAUGUAGCAAUGUUUUAUUUGCUGGAAUGUGUAAUCUGCAUUAAGGUUGUGUAGGCUGAAAUAGUGAAUUAAAACUUCAGAUCUCAUGAUUUUGGUGAAUGGUCCAGUCCAGUGAAUUUUAACAGAAAAUAUGGCCAAAACAUUGAUAUCUAAAGAACAUUCAUGUGAAAACAACAUAAGGGUGGCAAAGACAUACUUGAAGUAUUAUUCAACCAUAGAGUAUUUUAAUGUACUAGGAUGUUGCAAAAUAUAUGAUUGUUUUUGAUAACAUAUGAUAAUGUAUGAUUAUGACAAUCUCACCAUAAUGGCAUAUUUGUACAUGUAUAUGUAAGUUUGGUAAUUUUGAAUUUCUUUGUGAAUUUUAGGUGUUGCAUUAUAGCAGUGAAUGAUUUUAGUUCUGACAUCAUGACAGCAUCUGCUGGUGAUGAUAAUAGUACCAAGGAAUUGAAAGGGUUUGUUGUUCUUUGUCUGAAAUUGCUAAAUGAUAUAAUUUUGUAAUAAUUACUUAAUAUUUAUUUCAUAUCUUUCCAUUAUUAAACUGUUGUGGCAAACUUCCAAUGCAAGCAAUCAUGGACCAGACAUAUAGUUUGGCUGAUUUUUUUUCCCAUGUGAAUAACCACUGUUUUACCUCAUCUUAUAUGCUAGCCCUACUUGCUGUAACCAUCAUGAGAACUGAAAAUAAGAGGCAAACAUAUUUCCAUAUUUUUGAAUGGUUAAGUCAGCUUACAAGACCCAUCAACACCUUAUCCCGUAUGCAGAAGUGUUCUUCUUCCUCUCUUUUGAAGUGAUCAGCAUCUAAAUUCUCCUCACCAUAUCACUGCUGCAUAGUACAUUAAGGUCAUGAGAAUAAAGGAAAUGAUAAAAAAAACAAAGAAGCUCUUGAUUGUUGAACAACUUCUCCUUGUCAUUGUGAUAGAUUAUGUACCAAGAACAGUAUUGAAAAUAUACACUCUGAUGUCAGGGUGUAACAAAAAGCUAAUUUUAAAAACUAUUUUUAGCUUCACAGGAGUUUUGUGCCUUUUUCAAAUGCACUAAUUGGUGUCAAGGUAUGGUAGUAUUUUUAGACAGGAUCUAGUGUUGCUGGCAGUAUUUUUCAAUUCAAGAGCUUAAUUUGUUUUGUCUUAUUUGUGUGUGUCAUCUUCUUUCUUAGGAAUCACUGAAUGUUAUGUCCACUACUGAUGACAUCACAUUAGGUUUUACUUUAGAACUUUAUUCCAGAUACAUGCUACCAAGGUAUGUGAAAUAUGUAUUGGAAAACUUAGAUCUUAUUUAACUCUGUAAAGGAUAACGGCUUUCCUUUCAUGGGUGGGGUUAGGGAAGGGGAAAGGAGGUGAUUAUUUUCUUCUGGGGUGGGCCAGGAUGAGAGCAUAAUCACAGCAGAGAGAAAAGUUCAGGAUCACUGCAUGUCUAAACAGAAAUUCAUCAGCCGGACUGUUGACUGAUCAAUUUUCCGUUUCCCGCAUGGUUUGGGAUGUUUGUCUUGAACAAGAAGACUGGGUUUUACCGCCUCGAUCUUUAUUGCAUUAAAUUUUUUUAGUCAUAGGCAAAAAUAAAUGCAUCCAUGUAGCACAAGGGAGUGUUUAUCUGGAGAAAAAGCGCUCUUGUAUUGUUAACCCUUUGAGGGAAUUUGCAUUUCAUUUUGUAUUGCUGUGCAAAAAAGGAAAGGAAAACUUUCAAACAAAGACUGGAAUGGUGGAAUGCUUUGCGGUAUUAGUUGAAUCUGGAACCAUUAUGUACAGAUGAGCUGAAAUGUGGUACUUCCAGAUUGCAAUUCCAGUGCCUUAACUUUGAAAACCCAUUUUCACUAUUAGUUUAUUUUUCUUGCUGUACCUAGAUGAACAUUUUAACUGUCUAAUGCACUUGUUUUGACCAUUUCUAACCCAGCAGAAGAUGUGUUUCUGUCGUAUGUGUAAACUAGUUGAGUUUGAGAAUGCCACAAAAACACUGGAAAAAGCCAAACCCAAGAACCAAGAAAUGGUAAGAUUCAGACAAACACAUGCUUUGCACAUGAUGUGCAUUCUUUUGGUACCUCCCUUUUGUUUUGUUAAACAUGAUUGAGUGUUUGCUUUCACCUGAUUCACAUAAGGCUGCUCAUCCGCUAGCAAAAGAAUUGAAGGUCAAGUCAAGCUUUUGAAUGAUUAUAGUGAAUGCCACAAUUAUAGAAUGCCAAAUUGUUUCAUGCAUGCUUUUUUUAUUUUCAGCUUCAAAAAGCUAAUGACGAUGCAGAGGAAGCAUAA